AUGUCGUCGCUACUUGAUGAGAAAGCCAUGGAUCAGCUACAGUCUCAACAGUCAGAGUUGCUUGACAAAAUUGAUGAGUUGCGCGCUAUUGGGGUUGGAGGGCUCGUAGAGUUGCCUCAAAUCGUUGUCUGUGGCAGUCAGUCCAGCGGCAAAAGCUCCGUACUGGAGGCCAUCUCCAGAGUGCGAUUUCCAACUAAGAGCAAUCUUUGCACUCGGUUCGCGACCGAGUUUGUUCUUCGUCGAGCCUCUGAAAUCCGGAUCAAAGUAUCCAUUGAUCCCGGUGACUCCAGGAGCGACGUGGAGGAGCAACAAAAACUCCAGGCGUUCAGCUCAGAGGAAAGGGAUAUGAGUCCAGAGACCUUUUCCUCCAGCGACAAUUUCAAAACGUUGAUAGAUCGCGCGAGAGAAUGCAUGGGACUUUCCAGUGUGAACUCUGAGUUUAGUGACGAUGUGCUUAAAAUCGAAAUCUCGGGACCGGAACAGCCGGAGCUGACUCUGGUGGACCUUCCGGGUCUGUACUACUCCACCAGUAGUGAGCAAAGUGCUGAAGGGAAAGCCCUGGUUGAGAGGCUGACCGAAAGGUACAUGAAACACUCCCGAAGCAUCAUUCUUGCUGUCAUCAGUGCCAAGAACGACUACCACAAUCAGAAUAUCUUGAAUAUAGCGCAGCGGUUUGAUCCCAAUUAUGAGAGAGUUCUGGGAAUUGUCACGCAACCUGAUAACGCUGAAGCCGGUUCGGAGCAGGAGGAAACAUAUUUGCAGUUUAUUCAAAACAAGAAAGUCAAGCUACAGCUCGGAUGGCAUGUGUUGCGCAACCGGUCCUUCGAAAAGCGAAAUAUUUCCGAUGAUGCACGAGAUGCUCAGGAGAAAAGUUUCUUUGAGAACGGAAAAUGGGCAUCCCUUUCAAGAAAUCAAGUUGGCAUCGAGGCUCUAAGGACUCGCCUUAGCAAGAUUUUGCUCCGUCAUAUCAGCCGGAAUCUUCCUAGCCUCAUCAUGGAUAUUCAAGAAAGAAUAUUACGCAACGAGAAAGCACUCCGAAAAAUGGGCGACCCGCGAGCAACGGUCCAGGACCAACGUCAGUUUCUCGUUGGGAUUAGCAGCAGAUUUGCACGUAUCAUAAAUCAGGCCUUGAAUGGAUCCUACACCGAUGACUUUUUCGGUGGAUUCAAGGAGGGAAUUGCCAACACAGAUGAAUUCUAUUUUCGCCGACUACGUGCAGUCAUUCGUGAGCUUAAUGAACAUUUUGCGGAAGCAAUGAGUAUCGGCGGAUGUCGGCGAAUGAUUCUAUUCGAUGGAAUGCCAGUACCAGGUGUGGAUAUUGAGCUUGAGAGGUCCAAGCCUUACAUGCAUGAUUGGACGCCUCAAUAUGUCCUUCAAUCCACCCUGGAGGAAGAAAUCAAAGAGCAGGCGCUGAAAAGUCGAGGAAUCGAACUACCCGGUAGCGCAAACCCACUGCUUGUAGGUAGUUUAUUCCGGGAUCAGUGUGAACCUUGGGAAACGAUUGCUGAAUCUCAUGUGCUGAAUGCGUGGGACUCGGUGCAAUACUUUGUCCAACUGGUGCUGAAAUACCUUACGGACGACCAUACCCGCCCUUUACUAAUUCGCCAUCUUAUCGGGCCGGAGUUAGAGAAGAUGAAAGAUUCUCUCUUCGAAAAGCUUAGCGAACUGGUUUCUUAUUCUAAAAGUGGCCAUCCACUACCCGUCGGAGAGACUUUUCUCUCCAAGGUCCUGAAAUCUAGGACGAACCGGCAAGUGGCUAUGUUGAAGCGGAAUCUCGGCUUAACUGGAUCGUUUUUCGGAGACAAUAACCAAAAGACUUUCAGUGCUUCAGAUUUAGAAAGAGCAGCCUCUCAGCUCCAGUCAUCUAGUGAUCAGUUUGCAACAGCUGAGAUCAUCGACCAAAUGCAGGCCUACUACGAGACUGCAAUUAUCACCUUUGUCGACAAUGUUACCAUAUUGGCCAUUGAAAAUCGCCUUCUCUGCACGCUGGAGCAUCUUUUCACCAGCAGAACUGUAGUUGGCAUGGAUGAUCACCAAAUUGAAGAAAUUGCAGCUGAACCUCUGAGCAUUCAAGUCGAGCGCAAACGGCUGAAUGAAGAACUCAAUAAACUACGCAAAGCAAAGCGUACUUUGAAUGCUUUCAGUGUGGACGAACAAUCGCUACGAAGUCCUCCUACCUUAGCACAGACGACCCAUCGAGCCCUGACCCAUACAUCAGCACCAAAACCCAAGGAUGUUCGACCCGCAGUGGCAUCUUCGGCCAGUGGUGUAAAGUCGAACAAACAGGCUGCUUCCUUUUCUCAUAGUGGCUCGGCGGAGAAAUUCCAGCAAAGGCCAAGCAUUGGCUUAUUUGGGCAAUCUACGACUGGCACCCCAUUGAAUCUGUUCGGUCCACCACAAACAAGAAAUGAUUCCCACAGGAACGGUUCUCAGUUCGGAGGAAAUGGUACAUCGAGCCAGAACGGCCAAGUCUCCGGUUCGUCGUCGUCUCCAUUGGGAAGUUCCAUCCACUCAACUCCUACGAAGAACCAGAAUCACCACUUUGACGCUGCAAAGCUGCCGACAACGUUUGGACCCGCGUUGGGGUGCUGUAAGAAAGAUCCCGUUACAAGGGUAACCAAUUGCUAUCAAAGCAUUUGCACUAUUCAUCCAUAUAGCGGAUAUUCUCCAGAGGAGCUUCGAUUCGGGGACUACACACGAAGAAACAACGGCAUGCUGGGUCACCAUUUGGCUUAUUGA